CAAUUAGCUCUUUGAGUUUUCUGCUAUUGUAUUACGUUGAUCCAUCAUUGGCAUGUCGGAACAAAUUGAUUUUGGUGCCGACGAUCCCUUCUGGGUCGACAAAACCUGGCUUGAUACCGUUGUUGUCUUCGGUUUGUCAUGUUUUGUCCUCUGUUUGAUGAACCUUUCGAAGGUAGGAAAACAAUUGUUUUUGUUCGCUUUCGACAGGUCGCAUUGGUUGCUUACUGAUUACUAAUUAAAUGUCGACCAGGCAUCCUAACACAAGUGUAUCCUAUGAAUUUCUAUUAAUGUAAGGUUUCAACUUCUAAAAUGGGAAUGCUUUACGGUGUUGUCGGUAUGAUCUGCCUCGUUGCCGGUUACUGGGCUGACAAUGUCUACACGUACGGCGAUGGCCGGUGGCUCAUUGCCGCAUCUAUGGCUCCUGGAAUCUUAUUCGGUAUUUGGUCUGCUAUUUCUGUUGAAAUCACUGGACUUCCAGAAUUAGUUGGUGCCUACAAUGGGUUCGGUGGUCUUGCUGCUGCGCUAGAAKGUAUCGGGUUAUAUCUGGACCCCGAUGCGACCUACMUAGUCCGCGGAGGCCGAAAUAUUGUCAAGCUUAACGAUCCAAUGUUGUGGGUUCAAGCCAUCGCCCUAGUUCUUUCGAUUAUUAUCGGUAUGAUGACAUUCACCGGUAGCAUGGUCGCUUGUCUCAAACUCCAUGGCACCAUUGCUUCGAAACCUCGUAUAAUCCCGUUCCGAUGGGGAGUUACAGUUCUUCUGUUUGUGUUGAUGGGAAUCUUCGGUGCUCUCGCGUUCACCGGUGGGCAGACAUGGAACGAUCGUGGACUUGGGAUUACCUUCAUUGCUAUUGUCACAAUCCUUUCGGGGCUAUACGGUAUCAUCGCCGUCAUGGCUAUCGGUGGUGGAGAUAUGCCAGUCUCAAUUUCUUUCUUGAACAGUUUGUCCGGAUUCUCAACCAGUAUGGCCGGGUUUAUGCUUUCAAACAAAGCACUCGUUGUGGCAGGUGCAUUUGUGGGAUGCAGCGGAAUUAUCCUCACACUUGUCAUGUGCAUGUAAGUCGCAAGAUAGAAGCAUGGCGACUUUUGGAUCAAAUUGAACGUCUUGUUUCUUCUAAAGCUCUCACACCAACGAUUGUUUCUUUUUUUUGCAACUACAUAGUGCCAUGAAUCGUAGCAUUUCGAACGUCUUGAUUGGAGGAUUCGGUGAUGGAGCUGGUAAAAAGGUGGCAAAGAAAGUCGAAGGAACUGCAACAGAGGUGAACGCCGACGACGUCAUCGAACUUAUGCAAGAUGCAAAAUCUAUGAUAAUCGUUCCUGGAUACGGUAUGGCUGUAGCCCAUGCUCAGCAUGCGGUUGCGGACCUUACUUCAAAACUUCGGGCCCGCGGAACCAAUGUGCGUUUUGCUAUUCACCCCGUUGCCGGACGAUUACCAGGUCAUAUGAAUGUCUUGCUCGCAGAGGCUGCUGUUCCUUAUGACAUCACGUUUGCUAUGGACGAUAUCAACGAAGAUUUCCCUGAAACCGACCUAGCCUUGAUCUUGGGUGCCAACGAUACCGUGAACCCUGCUGCACAGACCGAUCCUGGUUCUCGUAAGUCUACCCGCAGGGGUGUUUUUCGUCUUCAAAGCUUGUGCUUUGCUUUAAACUCACCUGGCCUUUGCAUGCUUUUUCCCUGCUUUUCUUUGAAUUCGUUAGCUAUUGCUGGCAUGCCCGUCCUCGAGGUCUGGAAAGCAAAAAAGACGAUUACUAUGAAGCGAAGUCUUCGUGUUGGUUACGCUGGAGUGGACAAUCCUCUUUUUGUAAAUGACAACAAUGUUAUGUUCCUUGGCGACGCGAAGAAAUCCCUCGAAAAGCUCCUCGCCUUGUUGGGCGAUGCGGGCGAAGGAACAAAUACCAACGGCGACAUCGAAGCAGUGGCAAAGAAGGUGGUCAAGGUAGAUCCUUUUUUUACUCAAAUCCCACAAUUGCUCCAGAACACGUUCCUCAAGAUUGGUGUUUGCAAAGAGAUUGCACAAGAUGGAGAAAAACGCGUAUCCAUUGUUCCUGAAGUUGCUAAGCGACUGCUCAAAUCCGGGAUUCAAGUCUUUGUUGAGACCUCGGCCGGCGAUGGAGGUGGCUUCUACGACAGUGCCUACACAAUGAUGGGAUGCCAGAUUCUGGGCUCUGCCCAGGAAGUAUACGACAUGGUCGAUGUCGUGGUCAAGAUCCGAGAACCCGAGAUGCACCCAAUUACCGGCAUACACGAAAUCGAUAUGCUGGGCCAAGGAAAGAGCAUGAUCAGUUUUGUCGGACCACGCACGGACAAAGGAAAAGCACUCAUGGCCAAAGCCGUCAGCGCCGGAAUCAACCUUCUUGCGGUAGAUGCCAUCCCCCGUAUUUCUCGCGCACAAAGCCUCGAUGUAUUGAGUUCGCAAGCCAAGAUUGCCGGAUACCGCGCCGUGGUGGAGGCAGCGAACGAGUACCAGCGAUUUUUCAACGGCGAGGUCACCGCCGCCGGCAGCUUUGCGGCGUCCAAGGUUCUCGUCGUGGGUGCCGGUGUUGCCGGGUUGUCCGCGAUCAGCACAGCCGCAUCCAUGGGUGCCAUCGUGCGGGCCUUCGACACCCGCUUGGAGUGCAAGGAACAGGUAGAAUCGUUGAAGGGAGAAUUCCUCGUUCUCGAUUUCGACAGCGAAGACGGAGGCGAUUCCGGAACCGGGUACGCCAAGGUCAUGAGCGACGCGUUCAUCCAGAAGGAAAUGGAGAUGUUCCGGGAGCAAGCCAAGGAAUGCCAGAUCAUCAUCACUACCGCCGCCAUUCCGGGCCGCCCGGCACCGAAGCUCAUCAUGAAGGACGCGGUGGACAACAUGGCCCCCGGUAGUGUGAUCGUAGACCUCGCCGGGGCCACCGGUGGAAAUUGUGAGCUCACUCGCCCCGGAGAAACCUAUGUCUACGACAACCGAGUCACCAUCAUUGGAACCACGGAUCUCAUCAGCCGCAUGUCGUGGCAGGCCUCGAGCAUGUACAGCAACAAUAUGGCAAACCUUCUGGACCUUCUUUGCCCCAAACCCAAGGAGGAGGCCGCACAGAAGUCCCUGUUUAUCGACAUGGAUGACCCCGUGAUCCGUGGAAUGACCUGCGUCCACGACGGAAGCGUGACCUGGCCUCCUCCGGCAAGCGUCACGAAGACUAGUGCCCAGAGCGGAGGCCAGAACGAAGAAACCCAGAUUUCCAUGACACCGGUAGCCAAGCCGUCUGCGUUCUCGAAACGGGUCUUCGACCUCACCUCCAUCGGUGAAAUCCUCGGAUUCCUCCUCAUGAUGCUCUUUUUCGUAGUCCUCGCAUUCUUUGCUCCUGUUUCGUUCGUGACUCAGCUCCUCUACUUCAUCCUCGCUGGAUUCCUUGGAUACUACCUGAUCUGGGCCGUGGAGCCUGCUCUGUUCAGUCCGUUGAUGAGUAUUAGCAACAGCCUUUCGGGGGUCGUUAUCCUCGGAGGUAUUCUCAUGGUAAGCGGAGAGCGUGGUUCUCCCUCGAACAUCCUUGGAUGCCUCGCCAUCUCGGUAGCCACCAUCAACGUCUUUGGAGGUUUCGCCGUUUCGUACCGCAUGCUUCUCAUGUUCAAGAAGGAGAAGCAGUAGAGCAAGCAGUGUAGCGUAGCAAGCAAGCACACGCAGUAAAGGGUCGAAUGGAUUUUAUUAAUGUAUUUUUGCAUGUCAAGACACCACAAAGAGAGUAUUUCAUUUAUGGCAGUUGUUCGCGAACCUGAUAAAUGACAAAAAUGACGACGACGAGCCAAUUCGUUCUAACUCCGUGUAGGAUAGUGUUGGGAGUCUCGAUUCCUCUUCUACAGUGAACUAAAUUCAUAAACCAAAU